AAAGUCUCCUUGGUGCCGUGGACUGUGGGAUUCGAGAUUGUAACCUGAAAUUUGCUCUCUUCCUUCAAGAUACCCUCUCGCGCCCCUAAUAUCAUCUGCUCCUCUACCCCGCACGGUGAUAACUAAAGCUUCAUCUUCGGUUUCGUCCACGAGAGCACUCAAGAUGGCGCCUAGUGUAUUGAUGGUAGGAACUGGAGAGUACACCACGGGUUUCGUGGGUGGUGGUGCUUCUGGUUCGGACAAGAAGGUUGGAGUUGUCGGUUUGACCCUCUUUGACCUCCGACGACGAGGCAAGGUUGGCAAGCUGAGCAUGGUGGGAGUUUCCGGGCGCAAGUUUCCUGGCAUUCGCGAGCAUCUUCGCAAGAACAUCUCCGAGGUCUACAAUGGCCUGGACGUUUCCUUCGAGUCAUUCCCCGCCGACGACCAGACUGACCCCGACGCCUACAAGGCAGCAAUUGACGCCCUGGAGCCCGGCAGCGCCAUCACCAUCUUCACUCCUGACCCCACACACUUCCCCAUCGCCCUGUACGCCAUCCAGCGCAAAAUCCACGUCAUGAUCACCAAGCCCGCCACAAAGCUGCUGCAGGACCACCUCACCCUCCUCGAGGAGUCCCGCAAGCACGGCGUCUUCGUCUACAUCGAGCACCACAAGCGCUUCGAUCCCGCCUACUCGGACGCCCGCGCCAAGGCCAAGAACCUCGGUGACUUCAACUACUUCUACUCUUACAUGAGCCAGCCCAAGAGCCAGCUCGAGACCUUCAAGGCCUGGGCCGGCAAGGAGAGCGACAUCUCCUACUACCUCAACUCCCACCACAUCGACAUCAACGAGAGCAUGGUCCCCGACUACACGCCUGUCAAGGUCACCGCGUCCGCGGCCAAGGGCACCGCCGUCGCGCUGGGCUGCACCCCGGAGACAGAGGACACCAUCACCUUGCUGGUAAACUGGCAGAGCAAGCAGGACCCCUCCAAGCUCGCGACGGGUGUCUACACGGCCAGCUGGACCGCCCCCCAGAAGGCUGGCGUGCAUUCCAACCAAUACUUCCACUACAUGGGCUCCAAGGGCGAAAUCCGCAUCAACCAAGCCAAGCGCGGCUACGACGUCGUUGACGACAACCAGGGCCAAUUGGCCUGGAUCAACCCCUUCUACAUGCGCUACGCCCCCGACGAAGAGGGCAACUUUGGCGGCCAGACGGGCUACGGGUACAUCAGCUUCGAAAAGUUCAUCGACGCCGUCACGGCCCUGAAUGAGGGCCGCGUGACGCUGGGCCAGCUGGAUGCGCGACCCCUGCCCACCCUCAAAAAUACCAUUGCCACCACGGCGAUCCUGCAUGCGGGCCGGAUCUCGCUGGACGAGAACCGCGCCGUGGAGAUUGUUCACGAUGGCGACAAGUGGGAGUUGAAGUAGACUUCUGUAGUUAUGAUUUAUGUAGAUAUCUGAGAACUUGAAUUUGCCUGUACUUAGUACACUUGACAGGCGAAGCAAGAAUCCACUCGAGUCCCUUAACCUUUCAAACGAAUAAAAACUUCGUACAAUCUACCCUUGGAACAAAAAGAGAAUCCAACUCCGAACACCACCGCACCAUCGCCAUGCUAUGAAGGAAACCUGCAAUAGACCAGUAACAAACAUAGCGCG